UCCUACCGCCCGGGUCGAAGCGCGAAUAGUCGGGGGUCGCUGGCUGACGGAGAGCCCACAGGAAGCGACCAGGGGAGGUGGAGAGGGGAGGAACAGCGGAUGGGGGAGGAUGCGAGUGAGGGUCUGAGGUCCCCUUGAGUGUCCUGCUGAGACCGAGUCCGAGCGAAGAGGAGGAUAAUCCAGGAACACUGGGAGCAUCAUCCGGGAAGAGUGACGGAUAUCUGGAGGUGCUUUCGCUGGAUUUCUGCUGCAUUUCCGCUCCAUGCCGCUUCACUUUUGACUUUACUCCGUCUUAUUAUGCAAUAAAUUGGUGUGGGAGGGGGUCGUGUGUUAGUGUGCCAGCUGGUUGUGUCGAGGACCACCGUUGCUGAGCUGGUUGGACUCACACCGGAAAGGAGACAAGAUGUCGGGUCAGACCCUGACGGACCGCAUCGCCGCGGCUCAGUACACCCUCACGGGUUCUGAGGUGUGUCGAGCUGUGUGUAAGGCCACCACACAUGAACAGACUGCACCUAAGAAGAAGCACCUGGAGUACUUGAUCCAGGCCACCCAGGACACCAAUGUGAACGUCCCACAGAUGGCCGACACGCUGAUGGAGAGGGCAGGCAAUGCCAGCUGGGUUGUUGUUUUCAAAGCCCUGAUUACAACACACCACCUCAUGGUGCACGGCAACGAGAAAUUCCUGCAGUUUUUGUCAUCAAGGAACACAUUGUUCAAUCUCAGCAACUUCCUCGACAAAACAGGCUCACAUGGGUAUGACAUGUCCACAUUCAUCAGACGCUACAGUCGCUAUCUCAACCAGAAGGCUUUCGCCUACAGGCAGAUGUCAUUCGACUUUGUCCGGGUCAAAAAAGGAGCUGAGGGAGCCAUGAGGACAAUGACAGUGGAGAAGCUGUUAAAAGGAAUGCCCACCUUGCAGGGUCAAAUAGAUGCAUUGCUGGAUUUUGAAGUCCAUGCACCAGAGCUGAACAACGGAGUGAUAAAUGCCUGCUUUCUGCUCCUCUUCAAAGACCUGAUCAAGUUAUACGCCUGCUACAAUGAUGGGAUCAUCAAUCUGCUAGAAAAAUUCUUCCAGAUGAAGCGAAGUCAGUGUAAAGAUGGCUUGGAGAUCUAUAAAAGAUUUCUAACAAGAAUGACGCGGGUUUCAGAAUUCUUCAAAAUCGCUGAGCAAGUGGGGAUUGACAAAAAUGACAUUCCAGAACUCACUCAGGCCCCUGAGAGCCUGCUGGAGUCCCUGGAGACCCAUCUCAACACCCUGGAAGGCAAGAAGCCGUCGCCCACCAAGCAAGAAACAGCAGCUAAUAACAGCACAUCACCUGCUGCUGCUGCGGCGGCGCCGCCCCCAAAACCCACUGCCCCUGCUCGUCCCGGGCCUCCUGCCAAACCCCCACCGCCGUCUAUCACACCCACAGCACCAGCGCCAGCCAUUGCUGCCAGCAAUGCUCUUGAUGAUGGAUUCUUGUUAGAUUUGGACCCCAUUUCUUCAGCAGGGGGCGCAGCAGCGUCAUCAUCCACAACUGGAUGGGGAGAUCUUUUGGCUGACGCUCCGGCUACCAAUGGCAAAGUGGCACCAGCACCUGCGGCUGCUGCGUCCGCUGUUGCCCCUCCAGCUGCAGCUCCCGCCUCCGCUCCUGCAGUUGCUGCACCUAUUGCCGUUGCCGCUGCUGCUGCUGCAGCUACAUCAACUCCCGCCUCUUUGCCUGUUGCCGCUGCUUCCAUCAACUCAGCCACAGACAUCGACCUCUUCGGAGAUGCGUUUGCACCUUCUCCAGGAGACGGUCCUGCCGUGGCCGCUGGUCCAGCUACAGAUGCCUUUGGUGAAUCUGACCCUUUUGCAACGACCGAGGGAAGUGCAGACAUUGCGCCUGAGAUGGACCUGUUCGCAAUGAGACCCGCUGAAUCCAGCGCCACAGCCAUCACCCCUCCAUCCUCUAGUGAGGCGCCGACCAUCGUCGCCCCCAUCGCAGCCCCCACCCCUUCUUCCUCCUCCACCACCACCACUACUACUGACACCACCACCACAGAGUCUGCAGCCGCGCCGACUCUAGAUCUCUUUGGUGAUAUGUUUCAAUCAAUGCCUGAGCAAAGCCCUACCACUGAAUCCAAAGCUGCUACCACUCCUAGCGUAGACCUUUUUGGUGCAGACCUUCCUGCUGUUUCACGCGGGCCCUCUCCUUUGCCCGAGCCGGCUCCGGCUGGAGACAUCGUGACAGACUCAUAUUCCUCUCCUGCUGCUGCUGCGACUGGUUCUUCUCCUGAAGCUCCUGCUGACGCUCCUGCUGCUGGAUCUCCAGCUCCAGAGGCUUCAUCUCCCCCAAAAGCAGAAGCAGAACCAGUCAUUGAUCUGCUGGACUCCUUCGGUGGCCCUGUGGAACAGACACAAAGUUCUGCCCCAGGAGGACCGGGAGAUGACCUGCUGGGAGGUUUAAUGUCGCCCACCCUGGCGCCUACCGCCGCCACGGCACUGGCUCCGGCACAAGUGCAGAAUGAUCUUCUGGAAUCAGGCUUUGACACUCUUGGCUCUCUACCAUCGCCAACGCCCCCAGUACCUGCUGCAGUUCCGGUGGUACCACUGGCACCAGUCACUGCAGCAGCACCAGAGCCAGCAGCUGUGGCAGCAGCUCCCUCUGGUGGAUUCGAUGCAUCAAUGUUUGACGGACUAGGCGACUUGCUGAUGCCGGCGGUGACGCCCCAGAGCUCUGGCGGCAGCACAGGCGGGAGUGCAGCAGGCAGCAUGGGCACUCCGGUGGCUGUAGAGAGCGUCACUGCGGCGCCCCCUCCCACCCCGCCCCCCACCAAAACUGUCGGGGGAGAUCUGGACUCGUCGCUGGCUAACCUGGUCGGAGAUCUGGGAGUGAAGAAAAAAGACCCCCUGAGUGAGAGGAAGUUGACAGGAGGUGCCAACUGGACCCCUCAAGUGGCCCCAACCAGCUGGGCAACACCAGGAGCCCCCAUGUCUGGAGCAGCACCUGGAGCGCCGGGAGCAGCGCCCCCUGGUGGACCAAUGGUAGCCCCAAUGAGCGCACAGCCAGGAUUCACCAUGGCUGCUGCUGGAGGACCUGGCGCCCCCAUGAUGCCGCCCAUGAUGGGGCAGCCAAUGAUGGGUCAGCCCAUGAUGAGACCACCAUUUGCUGGAGCUGCACCCGGAGCUGCUGCCCCUGGAGCGCCGAUCUCCACAGCACCUGCCAGUCAAAGUCCCAAAAAACCCAAGGACCCUCUGGCAGAACUCGACCUCAAGGACUUCUUAUAACACCCAAACUGGACCCUCUGACCUGGUGUCUGUUUACAUCUCAGGAUGCCAGCGACGCUCAGCAGCCUUCUCUCUCCACCCGCCUCACCCCCUCACCUGUCCUCCUCCCCCGUGUGAUGUCGUAGCACAAACUGUGAAAGUGAACCAUUGCGGAUUCUAUGUAUAUGAGAAAAAAAAAAAAACCUCAAACGUGUGUCCAUGUAGAUGUCAGAAAAAUAACUGCAGUGAGAGAACGUGAUGACGUAAGUGUUCAGAUUCUAGUGUUGAAUGAUGGAUGUGUUUUGGUGUCCCGCCCCCUGCCCCCCUCAGUCCCUCAUGACAGAAGAGGUGCUCUUCUGUGUCCCACUCUGGUUGGCUGAGAGAGGUCGAUGAAGCCCUUGUAGUUUUUUGCAGAAUUAUUGCGUCUUGUUUACAGAAAGGUCCCAUUUAUUGUACAUAGAUUUCUCUGGGUCUCUACUGUGUCUGUCAGUUGAAGAGAAUAUAAAUGUAAAUCUGAAAUGAA